ACGGCAGACAAGAGGCCGAAGCAGGACAUCAGGGAUUUUUUUAAAACCCAGAAGAUGAUGAAGGUAGAAGAAGAUCAGUGCCAAGGAAAGGACACCAUGCGGCCGAAAACUGAGAACAGCAGACAUGCAUUCAGAUUCCGCUAUCAGUUUAAAAAAUAUGAAGUGACCUGUGAUGCGUCUAUGACCGUGCUGGAGGCGCUUCUCUCAAACAAAAACUUUAAAGGCAUUUAUAAAACGAAUAAGGGAAAGGAGACGGUCAUCCAGAGAGAGAAAGUGCCGAGAGGUGCUGUCCCCACAGAUUUCCCCUGCUGCCUGAUCGAUGAUGAUGAGCUUCUGGACAUAAAAUUCAUCAAAUCUAGUGGAAACAGCUGUUCAGAGAAUAAACCAGUCCUCCGUUCACUGAUGAACAGCACUGAGAACUUCAUUGUGUUUAACAUCAAAACAAGAGGCGGCCGCACUGUGAAAAGGCUGAUGAAGAACCAGGAACUGAAGCAGGUGGUGGAUGAUGUUUGCAUGUUUGCAUUAAAAGGAGAAAAAGUGAAGGAGGCUCUUCGGCGUGACGGGCGAUUUAGCAGGGUGAUUUUUCGCAAACACUGUGGACUCUCUGAGCUGGGGUCUGAGAUCAUCACUGAUAUGUCCAACACUGUUGACCGUCUGGAUGGAAAGCAUUUCAAAGUGAUUGUUAUUGACAAGCAGCCAGCCGGCCAGGAGUCCAGCCAGGAGUCCAGUCAGGAGUUUGAUAUGAUGAAGAAUGAAUCUGGUGAAAAUAUCCCCAGUUCUCCCACACCUGGCAAUCUCAGCCAGGACUCUGCUAACCCUCAACAGCAGAACCGUCAGCCCACCGAGAAAGAAGACAAGAAAACAUAUCCGAAAAGAAUCCAGGUCAAGGAAAUCCCAAACACAGAGGAGAUCCUGAAUCUUCUGCGGGGUCAGUUUGAAGGUUUGCAGAAGCAGCUGAAGGAGCGAGAGAGUCUCACUAAGCCUGCUGAGGUGCAGAAGUUCUUCAGAGAAGAGUUUGAUAAAAGUGCUCAGAGCUUCUCGGAGGUGAAGAGAGUGAGACAGCUGACGAAGAUUUCUGACUCUGUCUGUCAGAUCCGUGUAGAUGAUUCUGCAUGUGGAACCGGAUUUCUGCUGUUUGACAGGUUCAUACUCACUAACGCACAUGUUAUUGGAGACUUUGACCCGUUCUCACGCAGGCUGCACCGCCCCAUCACUGCUGUGUUCGACUAUGAGGAUUUGGACACAGCGAACAAACUGCCGGUGAAGGAGAACCUUGUUGCCUACUUUUACGGUAAGGAUGAAAAGGGGGAACAUCUGGACUUCACUCUGCUGGAACUGAGUGAUGAUGCAGAGCUUCCUAGUUGUCCGGAAUUGCUUAGCAGGUACAGUCCUCCUCCCACUAGAGGUGGGAUCUGCAUAAUUGGACACCCUGGGGGUGGAGUCAAGAGAAUGGACCCCUGUUUCAUCAUUGAAAAAGACGAAGCUCUAAAUGCAGCAGACGAGCACCUGGCUGAGAACAGCCACUUCUUUCACGUCAUAACACAGCAGUGUUUGGCAGAGAAAUGGGAAUACCAUUAUUCCCAGAUCAGUUAUGAUUCCUGUUUCUUCCAUGGAUCCUCCGGCUCACCGGUCUUUAAUGAUCACUGCGAGCUGAUUGGUAUCCACACUGGUGGCUACGUUUACAAAGGAAAAGGAGACAAAACCAGGAGUGUGAUGGAAUACGCUUUUCCCAUGUUCCCCAUCCUGGUGUGCAUCGUCAGACAGUGCAGGCAGAACGGCAGAUCUGAUAUUGUUCAGUACUUUGAGGAUCAAAACAACAUGAAACAUGUGCUUCAGGUGGCGAAUGAGCAGAAUCAGGGAAAUCAGCAGGUUAGUUAAGGAGCGAUGAUCAGAUUAUAACUGCCCAACACCUUCAAGAUCAUUCUAACUGCUCCAGUCAGGAAUUUUAUCACCUCUUUCAUUGGGUACUAUCAAGUAUAUGACGAAGUACACCAGCACAGACUGCCAGGGCUUCUCCUUUUGUCCUUUAACUUAAGUGCCUUUGGUUGUUGAAAGCAGAAGAUGUAUUUGUGAGACAUGUGAUCACAUAAAUAUGUUCAUGCUUGUGUGUA